ACCACCACUCUCCAACGCUUUCUCUUUCUCUUCUAGGGUUUUUCCGUCUUCCACCACUACCACACUCCACCCUCCUUACCGCCAUGGACGAUGAAUAAUAACAUCCGCCCCGUCUCCUUUCGCCAGAAGUCCUGGUGGACCCAAAUCCUCGACCCCGGUGGCCGUCUUGUCACUCAAUGGAACCACAUUUUCCUCAUCUCCUGUUUGCUAGCUCUCUUUUUGGAUCCUCUCUAUUUCUAUCUUCCGGUGAUCGACGGCCCGGCCUGUUUUCGGAUCGACCUGGGUUUGGGGAUUGUCGUCACGUUUUUUCGGACGGUGGCUGAUAUGUUCUACCUGACCCAUAUGAUCAUGAAGUUUCGGAUGGCUUUUGUGGCUCCCAGCUCUCGGGUUUUUGGGCGGGGAGAGCUUGUGAUGGAUCCGCAGCAGAUUGCGCUGCGGUACUUGAAGUCUGACUUUAUAAUUGAUUUCGCUGCAACACUGCCUCUCCCCCAGACGGUCAUCUGGUACAUAAUUCCAGCAGUGAAAGACCCUAUAACUGAUCAUGCUAAUCAUAUUCUUUCAUUGAUUGUUCUCAUUCAAUAUAUUCCUCGAUUGUUUCUCAUUUUUCCUCUGUACCGGCGGAUUGUUAAAAUUACUGGGGUUGUGGCAAGAACUGCUUGGCUAGGGGCAGCAUACAAUCUUCUUCUCUAUAUGUUAGCAAGUCAUGUUUUAGGAGCUUCAUGGUAUUUGUUAUCCAUUGAGCGGCAGCACUCAUGCUGGAGCAAAGAAUGUCAGAAGGAGGCAAAUUCCAUGCAUUUCCCAACUUGUCAUUCUUCAUUUCUUGAUUGUAGCACUUUGGAGCAGCCUGACCGCCGAGUUUGGCUGAACUUCAGUCAUGUGCUCACCAAUUGUCGUCCUGAAAAUAGUAUUGGGUUUGAGUAUGGCAUGUAUUCUGAUGCUUUUAUUAAUGAAGUUGCUUCCUCAACUUUCCUUGAGAAAUACUUUUACUGCUUUUGGUGGGGUUUGAAGGGUCUAAGCUCAUAUGGACAGAGUGUGGUGACAAGUACUUUCACUAGUGAAACAUUAUUUUGCAUUGUUAUUUGCAUUGGGGGUCUAGUUCUAUUCUCACAUCUCAUAGGCAACAUGCAGACCUAUCUACAAAACAUGGGAAUUAGACUUGAAGAAUGGAGAAUAAGAAGAAGAGAUACAGAGGAGUGGAUGAGGCAUCGUCAACUGCCUCUAGAUUUGCAAGAGCGUGUUCGCCGUUUUGUUCAAUAUAAAUGGAUUGCCACAAGAGGAGUAGAUGAAGAAGCCAUUUUGCGUGCCUUACCUUUGGACAUCCGUCGUGAAAUUCAAAGGCAUCUUUGUUUGGCCCUUGUCCGCCGUGUUCCUUUCUUCUCACAAAUGGAUGAUCAGCUCUUAGAUGCCAUAUGUGAACGUCUUGUGUCAUCCUUAAGCACUCAAGAUGCAUAUAUUGUUCGGGAAGGUGAUCCAGUGAAUGAGAUGUUUUUCAUCAUUAGGGGCCAACUAGAGAGCUCAACGACUAAUGGGGGUCGGUCAGGUUUCUUCAACUCCAUCACUCUCAGGCCUGGUGACUUCUGUGGGGAAGAGUUGUUGACUUGGGCCUUAAUGCCCACUUCAAGCCUAAACCUACCAUCCUCAACUCGAACCGUCAGGUCCACUACCAAAGUCGAAGCAUUUGCACUUCGAGCUGAAGACCUCAAGUUUGUGGCAAACCAGUUUAAACGCCUCCAUAGCAAGAAACUUCAGCAUGCUUUCAGGUACUAUUCCCAUCAGUGGAGGACCUGGGGAGCUUGCUUUAUACAAGUUGCAUGGAGAAGGCUUAAAAGAAGAAAGCUGGCAAAGGAGUUGGCCAGACAAGAGAGCCUGUACUACAUGCAAAUUUCAGACCAAGAAGGUUACUUGAGUGAAAUGACAGAUGCAGAUUACCAAACUAGCAGUGCUGAGACCUCAUCAAUGGAAAAUUCACAUGGGGGCCAGCAAAUUGGAGCCACAGUUUUAGCUUCAAGGUUUGCUGCAAACGCUAGAAAAGGAAUUCAACAGAAGGCCAAGUUCAAAGUGGUAACAUCUCCUGCCACUAGCUUGAAGAUGCCCAAACUGUUUAAGCCGGAGGAGCCUGAUUUCUCCUCAGACCAUGAAAAUAGUUGAGUUGUACUUGUACAAGACCCAAUUAGAUGCUUAAUGGAAAGAUAAUCCAAUGUUUGAU